AUAGGUGUGAAGCUUGGGAAACUUCUGGGAAUAUUCCCUGUGAUGUAUCUUUCAGGAGGAGCUUGUGCAAUUCUGGUUAUAACCGGAGGGAAAACAAUAAAACAACUUCUAGAUAUUAUGUCUGCAGAUGUCACAGUGCCACUUACUACCUUGCAAUGCUUCUUGAUCUUCAGCAUCCUCGCGGUGUUCAUGUCUCAGUUUCCGAACAUGAACUCUCUUUUUGGACUCUCCUUGGUCGGUAGUGUUAUGGCCGUAGCAUAUUCCACCGCAGUAUGGACUUUACCUCUAGCUAGUGAAAGGAAUCAAAACAAUGUCUCUUACACUAUAAAGGAUGCAAGUUUCGAUAACAUUAUCAACGCUAUUGGAUUUAUAGCUCUUGCGUUUCGCGGGAGCAACCUCGUCCUAGAGAUACAGGGUACUCUACCUUCCGAUUCAAAUAAUCCUUCGAGUAAGACAAUGUGGAGAGCCGUGGUGAUCUCUCAUGUGAUCAUCGCGAUUUGCAUGUUUCUAGUAGCCAUUGUUGUAUAUUGGGCAUACGGGGACAAGAUUCCGGCUACGGGAGGUCCAAUAGGCAACUACUUGAAACUUUACGAACAAGACUACUCAAAGCAAGCCGCUUGUUUCAUACACCUAACGUUUAUCUUCUACUGCCACUACAAGAAAACAGCGAUAUUCUGACGGACAUUCCGACGGAAAAUGAAAUCCUCGGAAUAUACCGAGGAAUUUCCGAGGAAAUUCCGAG